AUGCCUCGGAGCGAGAAUACCAGCCCUACGGAUCUGACACAACAGUACAUGGUAAACACAGCCAACCAGAGUGUAGAGUUGCAGGACUAUGGCAUGCCAUCUCAUCUCAUGGUGCAGAGCGGCACGGGCUCACGGGCUGUAACGUCGGUGCAACAGUCCCCUGAGCCGUCUCAAGAGGAUCUUCAGGGUCAUUACAUCGGUCCAGCCUCUGGCGUGUCGUUCCUUCUCAGGGUUCAGAAGCGGAUGCACCAAGCCAUAUCGUUCUCUGGGCCUGGAAGCAUCUUUACCUUUGGUGAUGCACCUCUUCACAACCCUGACUAUGAUCCGAACUUUUGUAUGAUGCUUCCCAAAGAGGAUGCUCAGCGCUUGGUCGAUCGUUACUUCGACUUUGCUAUGCCAACAUAUCGCUUUCUUCACCGACCUACGAUUCAGGAAUGGUUCUCGGAGUUUUAUGAGACGUUAGGCACUAUGCGUGAUCCCAACAAUUCUGCCGCCAAAGUUGCGUUGCUCUUCAUGAUCUUGGCUCAUGCUAGGGUUUAUAUGCCUGAGAAUGACAGACCCGGACCAUCUGAUCUGAGUUCUCGGUAUUACUUGGCAGCUGAGCAUCAGCUCUCGAAAGAGAGUGGUUCAAUACGACUCACUAGCGUACAAGCUCGCCUUCUGCAGUGCUACUAUCUUGGGACCCAGUCUCGAGUCAACCAUUGCUGGAGCCAAUUUGGUAUCGUCACAAACCUGGCACUUGCUAUUGGCCUCAACCGAAACAAGAGACCAGGUGUUAUUAGCGGGCUGAAUCAUAUCGAAGUCGAAAGUCGUCGAAGAACUUUCUGGUGCGCGUAUACUCUCGAUGCAUAUCUAAGCGUAUCCCUGGGUCGACCUCGUAACUUCCAUGACGAUGAUAUCGAUACAGAGCUGCCAGCUUGUGUUGACGAUGGUGACAUAACCAAGGAUCACAUAAACCUUGCUGGGUCAACCAAGGGCUACUCAGUUAUGCUUGCUCCUCUUGGACAUAUGAAGCUCGCUCGCAUCAUCGGCCAUAUCCUGCGGGGCCUUUACUCAGUCAAGCCUAUCUCGAUAUCCAGGCGGCUAGAAGAAACACAGCUUGUCUCGAAAGACCUCGCAGAUUGGCGAGCUGAGUUCUCCCAGUUUCUCGAUGCCGACUACUUCAGUACAUCAUUCCUCGUUCCCAUUGUUCAGCGGCAACGGAACGUUCUCAACUUGACCUACUGGCAUGCUAUAAUACUUACGCAUCGUCAAGCUGUGUUGAACAAUUUUGCGCGAAUUUCACGGCAGAAUAGAAGGGGCAGUGAGAACGAUGCCGCAACUCAAGACAGUGUUCAAAAGUGCCUUCAAGCUGCUAUGGAUACUGUUGGUCUGAUCGACGAGAUGACAGAUAACGGACAAAUGUUUCGGGCUUUCUGGGUUACUGCAUACUUUGCUUUCACUGCAGCUAUGGUUCUUUAUAUCUACGUGAUCCAGAAAUGGGCAUCACCCCCCGAAACAUACAGCGAGUACUUCACAGCCGCAACACGAUGUCAAUCUCACAUGUCAACCAUGGUGGAAAAGGGCUCCUUAUCAGAGCGAUACUGUUUUCUCUUGGAAGAAUUACGAGUCGAAGCCUUGCGCCAGGUGAAUCGGAUGCAUCCUCAUGUGUUUGCUGGUCUGGAGGGACAUGCACAAGACAACGCUUUCCAGUCCAAUGUUAUACCGAUGGAUACGCCGAGCGACAAGACUUCUUAUACAGACUUAAUGGGUGAGAAUGGGAUGGAUUUUAAUGGCAUGUCUGGUGUUGAUUUCUCAGGCUGGGGUCAAUUCGCGUCCAUGGUUUCGUCGGGCUUGGGUAACUUAGAUGCUUUCCUUGAUGAUGAGGUGUUUAGGCUUUAG